UGACAACAGGACGAUGGCAGCAGGCAAGAGCUGGAGAAACGUGAUGUUUGUGUGAACAAGGAGUGACAAACCUGCAUUUAAAGCGAACCUGGACUUUCUUUGUAAAGAGGCACAAUGUCGCUGUUUAAGGCCCGUGACUGGUGGUCAGCCGCGCUCGGCGAGGGGGAGGAGUUUGACCAGGGAUGCCUUUGUGUUGGCGACGUGGACAACAGUGGCAGCGGACACGACAAGGUGGUGGUGGGCAGCUACAUGGGGAUGCUGCGGAUCUUCUCCCCACAUGCCAGUAAGUCCAGCGAGGGGGGUCCGGUGGAGGCUCAGCUCCUGGAAGUCCAGCUGCAGAACGCCGUCAUCCAGGUGGAAGUGGGCAAGUUCGUCUCGUGUUCGGAGCUUCUUCAUUUAGCCGUCCUCCACCCCAGGAAGCUGUCCGUCUACUCCGUGUCUGGCACGGCGGGGAAUGUGGAGCACGGCGACCAGUACCAGCUGAAGCUGGUGUACGAGCACAACCUGCAGCGAACGGCCUGCAACAUGACGUACGGCACCUUCGGAGGAGUCGCAGGUCACCACUCCCUGUGCAUCCAGUCCAUGGACGGCAUGCUGAUGUUCUUCGAGCAGGACAGCUACUCCUUCGGAAGGUUUCUCCCGGGGUUCCUGCUGCCGGGCCCUCUGGUCUACAAUCCCAGGACGGACACCUUCCUCACGGUGUCCUCCGCCCGCCAGCUGGAGAGCUACAAGUAUGAGACUCUGGCCGUCGCUACAGAGGCGGAGAGCCGGCAGGAUCCAGACUUACCUUCCAAGACCGGAGGCAAGAGGCUGACGCCCGACUGGACGUUCGUUCUGGGAGAACAGGCCCUGGACCUGUCCGUGCCCUCCUUCUCACACUCCUCCGCCUCCAUCUUUGUCCUGGGCGAGAGGAACCUCUACUGUUUCCGUGACAACGGGCAGAUCCGCUUCAUGAAGAAACUGGAGUUCAACCCCAGCUGCUUCCUGCCCUACGCCUCAGUGACGGACGGCACCACCAACCUCCUGCUGGGGAACCACACCAACAUGCUGCUGGUGUACCAGGACGUGACGCUGAAGUGGGCGGCCCAGCUCUCCUUUGUGCCGGUGGCUGUUCGCGUCGCCAGCUUUCCGGAGCUGAAGGGAGCGGUGGUCAGUCUGAGCUCGGACGGCCACCUCCUCUGCUCCUACAUGGGCACCGACCCGUCCUUCUUCACCACUCCCAAGGUGGACGCCAGGGAGGCCGACUACGAGCAGGUGGACGCCGAGAUGAAGAAGCUGCAGAGGUUCAUCCGGGAGGCGUCCAGGACUCAGGACAUCCUGCCCAAGACGGACGCUGAGGAGGACCUGUCUGUGACGGUCAGCGUGUCCUCCAGCAUGGACAGCCCAUCGCAAGCUCUGAUCCAGGAUAUGGACGGUCUGCCGGUCCCCUCAGUGACCGUACAGGUGAAGCUGAAGGCCGCCAGUGUGGUCCAGUCCUUCAAGAUGACCGUCAGCGUCCAGCCUCCCCUGGCCGUCUCUCAGGACCAGUUCAUCCUGGAGCCCAUGGCUGUUGGCUCGUCCACAGUGGUGGAGUUUUCAGCUUUCCUCAACGGCCUCUACCCACCUGCUGACCUGACCGGAGACGUCACCGUGUCCUACAGCUCGCCAACAGAGCUGAACCCCAAAGGAGUUCCCAGGGUUCUCCAGUCCAGGUUCGGUCUUCCUCUGGCGCUGGUGUGUGUACCCUCGUCUCCAGCCAAAACCACCAAGUUCAAAAUCACUGUGGACACCAACCAGCCGCCGGUCGACCUCGGCUCCGUCUUCAAAGAGUUUUCAGCUAAAUCAGAAGAUAAGGACGGGAACACUGUGGCGUUCCAGUUCCUCUCCGGAGCCAAGGUUACUGUGCUGGCCUCCAAGACCUCCCAGCGUUACCGUAUUCAGAGUGACGCGUUUGAGGACAUGUGGUUGGUGGUGAAGGAGCUGGUUCUGAGGUCCGACCAGCAUUUCGCCAAAGCCGGAGUCAAAGACUUCAAGAAGAGCUUCAGCGGCCCGCCGCCGCUGCAGGACUACUUCCUGUCUGUGGACCAUCACUUCCAGCUGCGUGUCAGUGCCCAGCAGUACCAGGACCUGCUGUCGGAGCGAGCGCUGCAGUUCCGGGCCAUCCAGCGCCGCCUGCUGACACGCUUCAAAGACAAGACCCCGGCGCCGCUGCAGAACCUGGACACGCUGAUGGACGCCACCUACAGCCAGGUGAUGGCUCUGGCCGAGGCGGCGGAGGAGAACCGGGCGCAGCUGGAGGAGGCCUUCGUCCGCCUGCGCAGCGCCACACACCUGCUGGUGCUGCUGCUGUCGCUGUGGCAGGGCCUGACCCCCGACCAGACCGCCAUCCUGGAGGCCACGCUGCUGCCGCUGCUGCAGGACACGCCGCAGCUGGGCUGGGAGGAGAGCUGCGACGCCGCCGUCUCCCACCUCCUGCGCACGUGUCUGUCCCGGAGCCCCCGAGACCAGGCCACGUCCCUGGCCCAGGCCGGGGGCCCGGUGCUGGGCCUGCCCCGCGACACGGCCCGCCUCAAGAAGCACAUCGCCCUGCUGUGCGACCGCAUCGGCAAGGGCGGCCGGCUCACCCUGGCGUCCGAGGCCAAUGUCCCGGUCCCUGCUCAGGUCCAGAAUCUCGCCGCUCCCGGGGGCGUUGAGCCGAUCGCGGAGGUUUCUGGUGACGGGGAGGAGACGGAGUUUCCACAGGAGGCGACCAAGUUCACCAAGAAGAAGCAGCCGUCAAAGAAAGUCAAGAGAGAUAAAGAGAAGAAAGAAACGAGCUCUGAGGCAGCCAUGAAGGAGGAGUCAGGAGACGCCGCAGAGCCGCCCAAGGAGGCCAAGAAGGAGAAGUCCAAGGAAAAGAAGGAGUCCAAGAAGGACUCCGGCAAAGACGAAGCCAAGAAGGAGUCCAAGAAGGAGUCGUCCUCCUCCAAGGAGAAGAAGGAGGCGUCGUCCAAGGAGAAGAAGGAGAAGGACAAAGACAAGGAGUCGGGCGACAAGAAGGUGUCCAGGAAGUCGUCCGUGAAGGUGAAAGAGAAGAAGAAGGAGCCGGAGGCUGCGGAGGGCUAACGGCG